ACGAGACCCGCCAAUCUUUUCAUCCGCAGUUCGACCAUCGCUUCCCCGUCGACCAACACACCGCAGCCAUGGCGACCGAGUUGAACGUCCAGUCCGAGCGCGCUUUCCAGAAGCAGCCUCACAUCUUCCUUAACUCGAAGACCAAGUCCAAGUCCAAGAAGGUUGGUUCCGGCCGCCGCUGGUACAAGGAUGUCGGUCUGGGUUUCCGUACCCCCAAGACCGCUAUUGAGGGCUCCUACAUCGACAAGAAGUGCCCCUUCGUCGGUCAGGUCUCCAUCCGUGGCCGUAUUCUGACCGGUCGCGUUGUCUCCACCAAGAUGCACCGUACCCUGGUCAUCCGCCGUGAAUACCUCCACUACGUCCCCAAGUACAACCGUUACGAGAAGCGCCACAAGAACCUCUCCGCCCACGUUUCCCCCGCUUUCCGUGUCGCUGAGGGUGACUGGGUUACCGUCGGCCAGUGCCGUCCCCUUUCCAAGACCGUCCGCUUCAACGUCCUGCGCGUUCUGCCCCGCACUGGCAAGGCUGUCAAGUCUUUCGCCAAGUUCUAA